CGCGGGGGGCGGGAUGCGGCGCCCGGGGCAGCGAUGACCGCGUCGCGCUGCUCAGGGGCCUGGCUCUGACCCCGUUGCGUGCUGCGCGCCCCGGCGCUGGUCCCUGUCUAGCAUCUACGCGCCUCGCUUCCUUUGCCUGGAGCUCGGCGCCGAGGGGGGCCGGACCCUGGCUCUGCGGCCACGACCUGGGUCUUGCGGGCCUGAGCCCUGAGUGGCGUCCAGUCCAGCUCCCAGUGACCGCGCCCCUGCUUCAGGUCCCACCGGCGAGAUGACGCGGAGCCCCGCGCUGCUGCUGCUGCUAUUGGGGGCCCUCCCGUCGGCUGAGGUGGCACGAGGACCCCCAAGAAUGGCAGACAAAGUGGUCCCACGGCAGGUGGCCCGCCUGGGCCGCACUGUGAGGCUACAGUGCCCAGUGGAGGGAGACCCACCACCGUUGACCAUGUGGACCAAAGAUGGCCGCACAAUCCAUAGUGGCUGGAGCCGUUUCCGUGUGCUGCCCCAGGGGCUGAAGGUGAAGGAGGUGGAGGCCGAGGAUGCUGGUGUUUAUGUGUGCAAGGCCACCAAUGGCUUUGGCAGCCUCAGCGUCAACUACACUCUCAUCAUCAUGGAUGAUGUUAGUCCAGGGAAGGAGAACCCUGGGCCAGGUGGCUCUUCUGGGGGUCAGGAGGACCCAGCCAGCCAGCAGUGGGCACGGCCUCGCUUCACACAGCCCUCCAAGAUGAGGCGCCGAGUGAUUGCACGGCCUGUGGGCAGCUCUGUGCGGCUCAAGUGUGUGGCCAGCGGGUACCCACGGCCAGACAUCAUGUGGAUGAAGGAUGACCAGACCUUGACACGUCUAGAGGCCAGUGAACACAGAAAGAAGAAGUGGACACUGAGCUUGAAGAACCUGAAGCCUGAAGACAGUGAGCGGACUCGGUCCAAGCCUGUGCUCACAGGGACACACCCUGUGAACACAACGGUGGACUUCGGUGGGACUACGUCCUUCCAGUGCAAGGUGCGCAGUGACGUCAAGCCUGUGAUCCAGUGGCUGAAGCGGGUGGAGUACGGCUCUGAGGGACGCCACAACUCCACCAUUGACGUGGGUGGCCAGAAGUUUGUGGUGUUGCCCACGGGUGAUGUAUGGUCACGGCCUGAUGGCUCCUACCUCAACAAGUUGCUCAUCUCUCGGGCCCGACAGGAUGACGCCGGCAUGUACAUCUGCCUGGGUGCAAAUACCAUGGGCUACAGUUUCCGUAGUGCCUUCCUCACUGUGUUACCAGACCCCAAACCUCCAGGGCCUCUUGUAGCUCCUUCAUCCUCAACCACAAGCCUGCCAUGGCCUGUGGUGAUCGGCAUCCCUGCUGGUGCUGUCUUCAUCCUAGGCACUGUGCUGCUCUGGCUUUGCCAGACCAAGAAGAAGCCAUGUGCCCCUGCAUCUACACUUCCUGUGCCUGGACAUCGUCCCCCAGGGACAUCCCGAGAACGCAAUGGUGACAAGGACCUGCCCUCAUUGGCUGUUGGCAUGUGUGAGGAGCAUGGAUCCACUAUGGCCCCCCAGCACAUCCUGGCCUCUGGCUCAACUGCCGGCCCCAAGCUGUACCCCAAGCUGUACACAGAUGUGCACACACACACACACACACACACAUGCACACACACACUCUCAUGUGGAGGGCAAGGUUCAUCAGCACCAGCAUGUCCUCUCUCAGUGCUAAAUACAGCCAACCUCCAAGCACUGUGUCCUGAGGUAGGCAUGUGGGGGCCAAGACAACAGGUCGGGAGGAUUGAGAACAGUGGAGGAAGAGUAUCUUAGGGUGCCUUGUGGUAGGCACUCACAAACUUGGCCAUAUAGAUGUAUGUACUACCAGAUGAACAGACAGCCAGAUCCCGCCCCCACACGUCUAAAAGUGUAAAUGUGUGCACAAGUGCACACACAACCUGAGAAACCUUCAGGAGGAUUUGUGGUGUGACUUUGCAGUGACAUGUAGCGAUGACUAGUUGAAGGAAUUUCCCUCAAGUCUUAGUGGUCAUGGCCACUUCCCCACCCCUGCCCAUCUGUGUUCCUGCCCGGCCUUGGUGUGCCUCUGUGUGCCCUGGGUGUCCAGGAGCCUAUCAUAAGCCUUACUGGGGUGGGCAGUGCAGCCAUGCCUGGAGGUUUGAGCCACCCUCCCCUUGCUAGAGAGAAGGGCCUCAAUAUUUAUAUUUAAGAAAUGAAAUAAUAUUAAUAAUAAUGUAAGGAGGGCUGGGACACAGGAACUCUGGCCUUCCCUGUGGCCUGGGACCUGGGACCUGCCUGGCCUUGUGGUUACAUUGGGUAUCCUCACUGUCCAUGGCUGCCUGGUCUCUGUAAUUUUAUAUAGAGUUUGAGCUGAAGCCUCGUAUAUUUAAUUUAUUUUGUUAAACAAGAAAUUGCCUCCUUUUUCUCA